GCGAAAACAACAUGAUGACUUGCUCUCCUGAAGCAUUUCGUACGGGGAUUUUCCCGGCUUCUUCGGCGGCGGAGGAAGCGGUGCCUUCCUCCACCAGCAUCCCCUCCUCUAUCUCGUCGUCUUCCAUGUUUCCUCUCAAGUUGAUAACAGGAAUUGCUUUAUAACUAAUUUAUGAGUUUAUUGCAAAUGCGCCCCUUUAACUUUACGGAAUAUUUUUAUCUGGUCCUAAAUUUCUCUAAUAUCCCAAGUUGCUCCUACAACUAACUUUCUAUCUCUCUUUUUUAUUUUUUAUUUUUAAGUCGAAUGUUUCCUCAUUAAACACAAUCUCAAAAGUUCCAGGACCAAAAGUAACGAACAGAGUUGUUGGACCACAAUGAAACAAUCUCAGAAGAUUAGGAGGCAAGUAUGUAAUUAACCCAUAUUUUCUUAAUUGCUUUUACCUUUUUCCCUCCUGACGGAAACGGCGUCGCGUCGGUAUUUCGGCGGUGCUACAAGACGAGGUGGCGAAUACUUUGAAGCACCUGGCGGCCAUGGUGACCAUGGCCGAACUGGAAGAGCAAGUUCCCGCCAUGAGAGCUCUAGGCUCUCUCUUCAAGCUCACCGAAGUCUUUCUCUGGGACGACGGCUCAAAGGAGACGAAAGACAGGUCCUUUUCCAUGAGCCGGCCUAAACCAGCUGGCGACGGCGGCGAUGAAUGUGGGACUUUGGCGGAGGAUAUGGAGCUUACUAACCAGAUGAAUGCGCUGGGGCUUCCAGUCUCAUUCAACACUAAUAAGGAGAAGAGGAACAGAAAGACGGAGGGUAGAAGAAAGGGAAUGCGCCUGAAGCAACCAGACAGUUCUCUGGACGUUGUAGGUGGAGCAAUGGAGCCUUCCAAAGUGAGUGAGGGGGAGAUUGUUUCUCCUAUGAUAUUCGAUGGUAACACAAGCAGUUCUUUGUGUUGUUUGCCAAUGAUGGGCCAAAGUGAAUCAUCUUCCUCUGAUGUUGCAGCGGGUGCUGUUGAAUUUCAGUGCCCUUGUGUAGAAGGAGAUAAUCCAGAAAAUUCAACUGAGAUUACUGGUGAUGCUGUCAAAGAACAAGAUCGUGAUGGAAUAUUGGCCGUCGUUUGUAAUGAUGCCCAGGGUUGUGACCCUUUACACAGGGGCCAUGUGCUCAGCGACAUAAUGAGAAUUGCGGUGAGCUCAACUGAUUUAGAUGCUGGACGUUGCCCUGAAAGCUGCUCAGCAGAUGCUGCUGUUGGCAAUGAUGAGACAGAAUCAGGUGAAAUAUUAAUGGAGCAUGAUCACUUAGAGUGUUCAUUAGCGGCUUCCCACGAAGCAGAACUUACCAAAACAUGCGAGGACUAUAUCCCUGAACCGCAACAGGUUUCUGAGACAAUUUCAUAUUCCAUGUGUUCAGAAGUGCUUGACCCUGAUGGAACUGACUGCCAAGACAACGGUGAUUCCGGAGACUGGAUGGUAUAUUGGGAUUCUUACUACAUGAGAAAUUACUUCUAUAAUAUCAAAACGCAUACUUCCACAUGGUAUCCACCCCUAGGCAUGGAAUAUUUAGCAUCUAUUGAUGCCAUAUGUAAGCCAAAUGAUGUGAUUUCUGAAGUAAUGGAGAUUGAUGUUAGCACUGACUCAAAGGCAACAGAUUUAUGUGGUGUGAGUAAAACUGAUUCAUUCCAAGAAUCAAUUACUCAAGAUGUUUCACAGGGUCAGCCAUAUCAUGAGAUCUCCGGGGGGAUUGAACUCACUGUUGACACUUCUAUGUCUGAAACCACUUUGUCAACUGUCACUGUAAGCAGAUGUCCGGUACAUUCAGAUGAAAUCGACAAGAACAAUAACACCUGCAAUGAUGGGAAUGCAUCAUGCUUCUCAUCAGAUGUCCAGGAUCAUAUCGCUAGUAUCAGAAACAAAACCAAGCAGUUGAUUUCUGAUGAUGUCUGCAACAGUGGUUUGCAGCCAAUUCUUGCUGAACAGAUUGAUGAACAAAAUACUAUUGAACUCAAUAAUAAGCCUAAUGAACCUAAUUUUUGUGAGGAAACUCUCAAAGAUUGUGAAGAUUUUGAUGCGUUUCAAAUAUUAAUACAAGCAGCUUGUCCCAUAAAUACACUGAUGAAGUGUCUGAGGAUAGUAAUAUGCAUUCAGAAAUGAAGUUUUGGCAACAAACCAGUUGGAAAUGCAGCUUGACCCUGCUGUACAAAAACGGAAGAAGAAAGUGAGAAGAAAGAAAAUUCAGAGAAAAUUAUCUAAUGAGAACGAAGAGCUUCUAUUUCAAGAGCUGUUCAAAGAGUUUUCUGCUGAUAUGGGAAAAUAUUGGUGUCAACGGUACCUAUUAUUCUCCAGAUACGAUGAUGGUAUAAAAAUGGAUGAGGAAGGAUGGUUCUCUGUCACUCCAGAGCUUCUAGCUAGGCAUCAUGCAGAAAGAUGUGGUAGUGACGUCAUCAUUGACUGUUUUACUGGAGUUGGUGGGAAUUCCAUCCAAUUUGCACAGAU